CGCGACUGUUCUACUACUAGCAUCAUCCAGUGACUGAUUAUCACUGGCCUCUUGGUGCAUUACGGCGCCAGCUUGAAUCGCUCAACAAGACAUGAUGCGAACUUACAACAGACAUCUUUUGUACUUUUCCCUUGCUUGGUGCUUGCCGACCUUGACGUUCCCCAAUCUGAAGCGGACCGCACCAUUGACGUUUGCGACUUCAUUCUUCUUUACUCGUCAUCAUUCUCGAAUAUCGCUAAAGACCCCGUUCAUUACCAUGCUCGGCUCCAACGGCGUAAAUUUCCCAUUUCCAAAACCCUAUAUAACUCGAAGUAUCUCAUCCUUCUAUCCCAUCGUUUCGAUACGAACAAUAUGAAAGUCGCGUUUUCCACUGCUUUCCUUACUGCCCUCUUCGCAGGAGCCACCGCCUCCGCUGCCGUCCGCUGAGAUAUCUUUGACCCACCUAUCCUCUCUCCCACCAUUGGGACAACGUGGACGGUGAAGACGACCCAAACCGUCUCUUGGGACACCUCCAACCCACCUGAUCUCAUCACCGGCCGUAACCACAGCAGCAUCAGGCUGAUCAAAGGUGGUAGGCAGCUGCCUGUUGUUUUGGCGGACGAGUUCGAUAUCCUCCUUGGGAAAAUCGAGGUUGAAGUUCCUUGGGUUACUGAGGGCGAUGAUUAUGCCAUCAUUUUGUUUGGCGACUCGGGUAAUUGGAGCAAGACUUUCACCAUCAAAGGCGGCC